GAUACUACGCAAUUGUUCAAGUGGGUAAUCCUGCCCAAUCAUUCCGAGUCACGUUUGAUACAGGAAGUUCUGAUUUUUGGAUUAUAUCUCAUCAUUGCCAAACAAGGGAAUAUUGUGCUAAUCACCAUCAGUUUCGACCAGAGGAGUCAAAGUCCUAUAGAGAAUAUUAUAAUCCUAAGAUUGGCUCGUCUUUGUCCAUUAAAUAUGGAUCUGGAGAAGUUCAGGCAAAAGUUGGACGUGACACGAUCCAAGUCAAAGGGACAACAUUCGAUGUGAUACUUGAAGAUCAAUUGAUUGCUGAUGCAUAUCAUCUAUCACCUGAAUUCAAGGAUUUGCCCAUUGAUGGUAUCCUAGGCUUAGGUCUACCAGCACUUAGUCGUUUGAAACCCUAUAAAAGGACACUCGUGGAGAGUAUGGUAGAGAAAGGGUUGAUUGAUAAGGCAAUCUUUGGAAUAUAUAUUGAGGAUAUAAAUGGGGAAAUUCAUUUUGGAGACACAGAUUCUGACUAUUACACUGAGCCUAUAUUGUAUGCUCCUGUUCUGAGUGAUACAUAUUGGCUCACAGAAAUGAAUCAAGCCUCGUUUGGGAAUCAUUCUAUAGGGCCUCGUAAGAUUAUUAUAGACUCAGGUACAUCCCUUUUAAUAACUACAAUAAAAGAUGCUCAACAAAUACAUAGUAAAAUCAAAGGUUCGAAAAGAAAUGAAGAUGGAACUUAUCAAAUCCCUUGUGUUUUAAAAAACAAAUUACCAGAUCUUGUGUUGACAAUAAAUGAUCAUAUCAUAUUAACACUAUCUUCUAAAGAUUACGUGUUGGUACCUUUGUCCAAUAAUAAAACUAUGUGUAUAUCAGGGAUACAAGGUAAAGACACCCAUAAACUAGAUCAUUGGGUACUAGGAAAUGUAUUUAUGAAGGCUUAUUAUACGGUAAUCAUAAAAUCAUUUUGAUAUACGACUAUUAUUUAUCAUUCUAAUUUUAAUAUAUUUGUUCUCCUAAAUUAAGGUAUUUGAUUUGGACCGUAAAAGACUUGGAUUUGCUAAAUCAACACAACAAGGUUCAAAGUUUAAGUAAUAAAGCACUAUGGAUAUAAUAAAUACAUACAUACAUUUAUGUAUGCACACAGAAUAAAAAAAAAAAAAUAAAGUUUCAUUUUAUUAUCUGCUGCUGCAACUUACCACUGCUUCGAGAAUUUGAUUCCCCGACCAUUGAUGAUUGGAUAAAAAAGAUGAAAUGAGUUAGAGGAUACCAGAAGACUGUAAGAUAUGUUAAAUUAUUUA